AUGCAGAAAUACGAGAAACUGGAGAAGAUUGGGGAAGGCACCUACGGAACAGUGUUCAAGGCCAAAAACCGGGAGACUCAUGAGAUCGUGGCCCUGAAACGGGUGAGGCUGGAUGACGAUGAUGAGGGAGUGCCCAGUUCUGCCCUGCGGGAAAUCUGCCUGCUCAAAGAGCUGAAGCACAAGAACAUUGUCAGGCUUCAUGAUGUCCUGCAUAGCGACAAGAAGUUGACUUUGGUUUUUGAGUUCUGUGACCAGGAUCUUAAGAAAUAUUUUGACAGCUGCAAUGGUGAUCUAGAUCCUGAAAUUGUGAAGUCGUUCCUCUUCCAGCUGCUAAAAGGCCUGGGGUUUUGUCACAGCCGAAACGUGCUGCACAGGGACCUGAAGCCUCAGAAUCUGCUCAUAAACAGGAAUGGGGAGCUGAAACUGGCCGAUUUCGGGUUGGCUCGAGCCUUUGGGAUCCCCGUGCGCUGUUACUCGGCCGAGGUGGUCACGCUGUGGUACCGCCCACCGGAUGUCCUCUUUGGGGCCAAGCUGUACUCCACGUCCAUUGACAUGUGGUCAGCCGGCUGCAUUUUUGCAGAGCUGGCCAACGCAGGGCGACCUCUCUUCCCUGGCAACGAUGUAGAUGACCAGUUGAAGAGGAUCUUCCGAUAUCCUUCCAUUGCCUUCGCCUCCAGCCCUCGGGAAGGGGAGUAA